UCAUUUUUGGCUCUGUAUAGAAACCUCUUGGGACGUUGCUUCGCUGCGAGAUUUGUAACUCGAGCCAUGGGCUUUCUUCAUGAGAGUGAGCCGAUGUCCUGGGAGCAGUCGAAGUCCGUUCUGAAGUAUGUGCGCGAGCAUGGCAUUGAGCAGUUCCUGUCGGUCCUCAGGACCUGCGGUGCGACCAAUGGGGAUCCCUUCAAGUGGGGCGACGAGGUGGAGCACCAGGUCUUCCGCUUGAUCCCUGGCGCGACGGGACCGGAGGUGGUGGCUGCGCUGCGCAGCCCAGAGAUUCUCGCUGAGCUGCGUGAGAAGGAG